GUUCUUAUCGACGGUGUUUUGAGGGAAGACCUGAAGUGUCCCGUUUUGCAAGGGACCGCCUCCUCCUCAUUCAUUUUCAAAACAGUGCGCGAUGAUCGGAUUGUGAUAUUUAUUAAUUUUAUUUUACUCUGUGAUUUUCGGCAACUAUGGCUUCAAAACGCAAAGUGGAGAUUGCCGUUCCGGCAGAGGAGAGUGAUCAGCUUCAUAUUCGUCCGCUGGGUGCUGGGCAGGAGGUUGGGAGGUCUUGUAUUAUACUGGAAUUCAAAGGGAGAAAAAUUAUGCUGGACUGUGGUAUCCAUCCUGGCUUGGAGGGAAUGGAUGCCCUCCCUUAUAUAGACUUGAUCGACCCAGCGGAGAUUGACCUGCUGCUCAUCAGCCAUUUCCACCUUGAUCACUGCGGGGCUCUGCCUUGGUUCCUCCAGAAGACCAGCUUCAAAGGCAGAACCUUCAUGACCCACGCCACCAAGGCCAUCUACCGAUGGCUCCUGUCAGACUACGUCAAAGUCAGCAACAUUUCUGCAGACGACAUGCUAUACACCGAGACGGACCUGGAGGAGAGCAUGGAUAAGAUUGAGACCAUUAACUUCCAUGAGGUCAAGGAGGUGGCGGGGAUCAAGUUCUGGUGCUACCAUGCCGGCCAUGUGCUGGGAGCUGCCAUGUUUAUGAUUGAAAUAGCCGGAGUCAAGCUGCUGUACACAGGCGACUUCUCACGACAGGAAGACAGGCACCUCAUGGCGGCCGAGAUCCCUAGCGUCAAACCGGACAUUUUAAUCAUUGAGUCCACCUACGGCACGCACAUCCACGAGAAGCGCGAAGAGCGCGAGGCUCGCUUUUGCAACACGGUGCACGACAUCGUCAACAGGGAGGGCCGCUGUCUGAUCCCUGUGUUCGCUUUGGGCCGAGCUCAGGAACUGCUGCUCAUACUGGACGAGUAUUGGCAGAACCAUCCGGAGCUCCACGAUAUCCCCAUCUACUACGCCUCGUCCCUAGCAAAGAAGUGCAUGGCCGUGUACCAGACUUACGUCAACGCCAUGAACGACAAGAUCCGCAAGGCCAUCAACAUAAACAACCCUUUUGUCUUCAAGCACAUUAGCAACCUCAAGAGCAUGGACCACUUUGACGACAUCGGUCCCAGUGUGGUGAUGGCGUCCCCGGGCAUGAUGCAGAGCGGCCUUUCCAGGGAGCUCUUCGAAAGUUGGUGCACAGACAAGAGGAACGGCGUUAUCAUCGCUGGAUACUGUGUGGAGGGAACACUGGCAAAGCACAUCAUGUCCGAGCCGGAGGAGAUCACCACCAUGUCGGGACAGAAGCUGCAGCUGAAGAUGUCAGUGGACUACAUCUCCUUCUCGGCCCAUACGGACUACCAGCAGACCAGCGAGUUCAUCCGUGCUCUCAAACCUCCACAUGUGAUCUUGGUCCACGGCGAGCAGAACGAGAUGGCCCGCCUGAAAGCGGCGCUUAUCCGAGAGUACGAGGACAACGAGCAGGUUCACAUCGAAGUUCACAACCCUCGCAACACAGAGUCCGUCACCCUCAACUUCAGGGGAGAAAAACUGGCCAAGGUGAUGGGCUCUCUGGCAGAUCAGAAAUGCGUUCAGGGUCAGAGAGUGUCGGGCAUUCUGGUGAAGAAGAACUUCAACUACCACAUCCUCAAUCCCUCUGACCUUUCACUGUACACAGAGCUGUCCAUGAGCACAGUAAAGCAAACCCAGGCCAUCCCCUUCACCGGACCCUACUCGCUGCUCGUCUGCCACCUUAGGAACCUUACAGGUGAUGUAGAAGAGCUCGACGGCACCGAGAAGAAAACCCUGAGGAUCUUCCAAAGUAUCACUCUGAUCCAUGAAAUUGGCAUGGUUCUGCUUGAGUGGAUCGCCAACCCUCUUAACGACAUGUACGCCGACGCCAUCACCACUGUGGUGCUGGAGGUCCAGUCCAAUCCGAAGGCUCAGAAAGUCAUGGAAAGCCAGAGUUCCAUUUUGGACAUGGACAUCUUUCAAAGUCGACUUGAAGUCAUGUUACAGGACAUGUUUGGACAAGACUGCGUGGACAUCAGCGACGGUCAAAACAUCUCGGUGACCGUCGACGGCAAGACGGUGAACAUUUGCUUGGAAACACGGUCGGUGAGCUACGAGGACGAGGACACAGAAGACGAUUCCUUGAGGGAGCUGGUGGAGCAAGCAGUGCAGCGCCUAUUUGAUGCCCUCAACCCCAUCACAUCAAUCAUGCCAUCACUUAAGUGAUGCAUAUUUUUAUGUCCU